AUGGGUAUUGACUUGGACAACCACCACGUGACCUCUGGUCACCGCAAGGCGCCACACAGCACCAACCCAUACCGCAAGCUGUUGCACAAGCUGUACAGCUUCCUCGACCGCCGCACGGACAGCAAGUUCAAUGCUACCGUCUUGAGGAGACUGCGCAUGUCGCGCAUCAAUACCCCGCCGAUCUCCCUCUCCAAGAUUGUCGCCGUAUCUGCCAACAAGCACAGCGAGAAGGCACACGAGGGCAAGAUCCGCGCUGUCGUCGGUACCGUCACCGAUGACAACCGUCUCCUCGAGGUCCCCAAGCUGAGCAUCGCCGCUCUCCGCUUCACCGCGACCGCCCGUGCUCGCAUUGAGAAGGCCGGUGGUGAGUGCAUCACCUUCGACCAGCUCGCUCUCCGCGCCCCAACUGGCUCCAACGUCAUCCUCCUCCGUGGUCCCAAGAACGCCCGUGAGGCCAAGCCAUACGUCGAGAGCAAGGGCCGCAAGUUCGAGCGCGCUCGUGGCCGCAGACGGUCGCGUGGUUUCAAGGUCUAA